GACUAAUUUAGUCACGUGAUAACGCGUCACUGGAACGCGCCGUGACCCCGCGACUGCGCUUAACAUAGGAAGUGGUUUCAUAUCCAACAUCGCAACUGCUCUACACAGCCAGCCUCACCACGCCCACAACAUGAACGCCCUCCAAACUCCUCGUAUUCUUCCCUCCCAUCUUCAAGCCUUCCACCCUUCCUCCGGCGCCGGUCGCUCUCAUACAGUCCGUGUGCUGGGCACAAUAAGUGCGCUGCGCGGCGAAACAGCCACAAUUACAUGCGGCACCCACGGCGAUAUCACAUUACUCUUGAGCCCCGACUCACAUCUGCAAAUGGGCAAGUUGUUUGAGAUAGUCGGUAAAGUGACUGAGUUGGAUGGUGGCCAGGGGCUUGGAUUGAGGGUUUUGGGAACGACGGAUUGGGGGAGCCCGGCCAAUUGCGAUUAUAAAAUCUAUGAGAAGGUCGUGGAUGUUUCGCACCGAUGCAAGGAAAUUUUUUACGAUUUGGAUGAGGAAGUAUGAAGCUGGUCAGCUACGUAAGAGAUAGGGAGAUGAUGAUAUGGGUGGAUUUCGAUGUGAAUCUUCUCGACUAAGCCUAGUUAGACAAAUGUGAAUGAUACCCCUCAAAAAUUUGGUCAAUUGAUAUAGACUGGACUGAGUGGACUGGGUUUUGGCUUCUCCACUAGUGACGGCUGUUCAAUUUCCAAUCAAUGGUCUUGAUAUUGAAAGAGUAAACCGGC